UCAAUGUCGUUCAUUCAAUCCGGGCUCUUCGGGAGGAACGACGCGUCUGCUCGUUUCCUCUCAGUUGUUUUCGGGAUUUUCAUUGCUACGGUUAUCGGCAAAACUUCCUACCUAAUAUUUUCAUUUAAUUUUGUGUCCGACCCAAUGCGGUCUUUUUGUUUCAAAGUAUAAAUUUUGUGUUAAAAAUGGAUGCGAAUAAAGACGAAGUGGAUACGGCUGGGUAUGAGAAGGACGAAUUGUUAGUCCUUGGACUCCCAGCCUACGAGGCCGCUGAAAAGAAAGAACUUUACUGGAUGAGUGGUGUGGCUGAUUGUUUCUCGACGGUGCUGUCCAUCUUCCGACCGGACGAGAUGAAGCCAACAAGGGAGGACCAGUGGGAGGUGCCCUUCGAGGCUGUCAGCGAGCUGGUGUACCUCGGCUCCGGCGCCCAGGGAGUUGUCUUCAGCGGCAUGUUCCGCGGAGAGAUGGUCGCCGUCAAGAAACUGCGCGACAAGAGCGAGACAGACUUCAAACAUCUACGCAAACUCAACCACGAGAAUAUCGUGAGGUUCCGCGGCGUGUGCACCCAGCCGCCCUGCUACUGCGUCAUCAUGGAGUUCUGCCAGUACGGCCCGCUCUACGACUUCCUGCACAGCGGAGUCACCUUCGCCCCCAAACAGAUCCUCAAGUGGGCCAAGGAGAUCGCCCAGGGCAUGGCCUAUCUGCAUCAGCACAAGAUCAUACAUCGCGAUCUUAAAAGCCCUAACAUCCUGAUCGCGGACAACCUGGUGGUGAAGGUGAGCGACUUCGGCACGAGCCGCGAGUGGGACGACGCCAGCGCCAUCAUGAGCUUCACCGGCACCGUGGCGUGGAUGGCGCCCGAGAUCAUCCGCCACGAGCCCUGCUCCGAGCGCGUCGACGUCUGGUCCUACGGCGUCGUCCUCUGGGAACUGCUCACCCAAGAGGUGCCCUACAAGAAAGUUGACGCGCGCCCCGUGCUGGCGCACUACGGUGUGGGCGCGGAGGGCGAGCUGGCGCGCGUCCGCGGGACCCCCGCCGCCGAAGGCCCCGACAUUGAAGCCCUGCGGGCCAAGUACCAGAACUUGGAGGCGCAUGCCAUCAUGUGGGGCGUAGGCACCAACACUGUGAGCCUGCCCAUCCCGUCCACGUGCCCCGAGAGCCUCCAGCUGUUGAUGGCUCAGUGCUGGAACCGUGUCCCGAGGAACAGGCCUCCGUUCAAGAUCAUCGUGGCCCAUCUGGAGAUAGCUGGUGGCGAGCUGAGUUCCAUCAGGGCCAACAACUUCGGGGCUACUCAGGCUGAGUGGCGCAAGGAGGUGCAAGACUCCAUGGACAAGAUGUACAACCAGUCCUCGCCGAACCCGCUGCCGGCGGACGACGCGGCCUGGCAGCGCCGCAGCGAGCUGCGCCACGCGCGCGACAUCCGUCAAGUCUACGAGCAACAGCUGAAGAGGGCCAAUGACCUGUACAUGGAGGUCUGCGCCGUCAGGUUGCAGCUGGAGCAGCGCGAGAAGACUUGCAGCGAACGCGAGAAGGCACUGAAGGCCUGCAAAUGCACCAGCGGCCUGCGCAAGAAGUUCAACCGCCAGGCCUCGUCCUCGUCCGACAGCGCCAUGCCGCAGCUCGCCUUCAUGGUGCAGGCCAUCAACAAGAACCUCAACCAGGCCUUGCGCAAGCGCAGCCCAGACGUCGUGCCCAAGGACGACCAAGAGGAAGAGGCCCCGUUCAACAACGAGGAGAACCCCACUGUCACCAUCAAGGUCGAAGAACUGUGCAGCUGCUCAGAGGGCGAAGAGAGCGACAACAACAAUGUCACCGACGAGGUCGAGAAGCAAGACAACAUGAAGAACGAGAAUGUGGUGGCCAAGGUGGCCGAGGCGGCCAUCACAAGCGUCAUCACCAAAGAACCGGUCGCUGUUCACCACAAGGACACGGUCGUGGAGUACAACGGCAAUCACCAGGUCAACACGGCCACGGUGCUCGCCAUCAAUGAAAACGACAACUAUGUGCCCGAUCUCGCCCAUGUUUAAGUGAAUAAAAGAAUGAUGAGUCUUUUUUUGGCUGUACACACAUUUAGAUGUAGAGUCUGAAACGGUUUGUUGACAGUCGAUUUGACCCGUAAACUGUUAGCCUACAGAAUGUUAUGUGCAAUAAACAUUUUGCCGUACAAAUUUGUAUGAAGUUUGCGGGCUAAACGUUCGGUGGACCAAAAAUUAUGUCAGCUAAAGGUUUGACAUAGACAUAUCGAGGUAUGAUCCACGCGGUAAUAUUUCCGCUAUGAUUGGCGGCAGGCCUUGGCAUGUUACAAUCGCAAUCAUAGCACGGAAAUAUUGCCGCGUGACAGCUUCCGCGGUAUAUCUGAACGCGCCUUUAGCUUACACAAUAUGUGAUCCGACGAAUAUUUAUAUCACAAACUUGGGGCAAAAUGUUCAUCCGACGUAAUAUUUUGUUGGGUAAAAGUUCACGGGUUAAUCGACAGUUAUACACCGUGACAUUAUCUACUAGGCAACUUCAGAGCGCUGAGCUUUUUCAUGGCUACGAAUUGAGCAAGCCUCAAAGUGUGGGCGCUGAUUGAUAAAUGAAUUUUCCUUCGAGUUGAGUGUUCAUGUGAUUUCAUGAAGGGGUUGUGCUUAUGUAGGGAUAUUGGAUGUUGAUUAUUGUAGAGAUAUUGUGAAUUAUGGAAUGAUGUGGGCAUUUUCCUCAAUUUGUCACCAUUUAAAAUGACUGGCGCUCUAAAGACUUCACUGCGUGCUAUCACUUUGCGGUUUAGAAGAGUAAAAUUUUUCCGGUAUUUGAUAGUUUUGGCAAAUUAAUUAUAGCAGCGAUGAGCCAAAGGUGGAACGUUGAAUGGGGACGUCAAAGUUAAUUGAAUACCCGAAAUGGCUCACUAACCACAAACUAUGGUAUCACAAUGUUGAAGUCUUUUUAACCGUCUUACAAAAAGUAAGGGGUACUUUAUGAUUUGAUUGUAGGCCGCGGUAGUAAUGUAGUAAAUCUAUUUACUUUGCAUUUUUCACUGUGAUUACAACGGAUAAAAAUAUCGGUGCGACACUCAUACUGUGCGUGCUGUCGUUUAUUUUUAAUUUUUUUUGGAAAAUAAUGUUUUAAGAAUAAUUUAAACAUGGUGUGUACGGCAUUUAUUAGUAAGUAGUCUUAGAAACAUUUUUUACUAGAUGUAGUAAUAAUAGGCGGUCUUUUACUUUUGUUAUUAUUUUAUUCUCUAGAUUUAUUUUGUUAUUAUCAUGACCCAUUUUGUUUUAUAUUUAUAUUCAUAAAUAUUAUUCAUAUAGUUUUUUUAUUGGGUCUAUAAUAUGAUUUAGCUUUAUUGAGCGGCAAAAUUUUUAAAUUUUACGCAUUAUUUUUUUUUUAAUUUAACUAGUAACGUCGAGCUUGUGUUGAGUUAAAUUUUUAUUCCUUUUUUCGAUGAAAUCUCAGUUGAUAAUACUCAUUUGCUAAAAUUAUUUUUUAAGAUCUCAUUUAUACGUUUGUGUCAAAAUUCAGUAUUAUUGAUUACAGCCGGACUGAUUAUGAAAUUAUUUUGGUUGGAUAUUUAGUAUAAAAAAUGUUAACAUUACUUUAUGCAGACUGUUUUUUUUAAAUUAUCGAAUCCGACCAAUUGGACAAAAGGGAACUGUUUUUUUAAUUACUCUUUAUAAUUUACUAUAGAUAAUUUAUAGGUUAAGUAAUUAAAUGUCAGUAGACGUAGGCGUUGACAGUGUUUAAUCGAUGUUAACAUAAUAUUAGUCUCACCACAAUUCCAUUUCAUCUAUGCUCAAGUACAUCCCAUUUUGUUCAUACCUUUUCCAGUUUAGAAGACCAACGUUUGGACACAGUAAAGUACCAGCUUUAAUUAGGUUAAACACUUGGAAAAGUUUUUACUAUGUUUUUUAUGGAUUUAUCGGUUGCAAUUGCGUAGUAUUAAAUAUUUUAAUGUCACCUGAAAACCACUGAAAUUAACACUAGCGCCAUCUAGCGUUUGAGAACGUAGACUUAUCGAUUUAUCGAUAAACGAAACAUGCAUGGAGGAAUGAUUACUAACUUUCAAUUACGCUACAGUAAAACGGUGUCAAUUUAAUAUAAAAUAAAAUGCACGCAUUUCCCCAUUUUCUUUUAAAAGUCGAUUAGUUUUUAUUUUUAACCAAAAAAUAUAUAAAAUAGCACGAUUUAUUUAAAUAACUAAAAAUUGCGACUUAUUUCAUCUUGGGUUUUGCUAUCAAAUUUCAAAAUUAGGUAUGAAAUUACAGUAAUUAGACUAAUUAAUUAUAGUUUGGCCAUAUCGAAUGUCAUGUAGAAAUGUAAAUUACCCAUUUCAGACGCUUCUCACAUCAAGAAGCUUUUCGCUAUUGGCCAAAUGACUAUUCGUCCACUAUCCUUAACAUUCCCUCUUCAAUUUAUUUGAUAAAUAAUAUUAAUAGUCAUUAGGUUAAGUUAGGUUAAGCCAGCAAGAUUCGAAACAAAAAUAACGGCAUCUGAUCGGUGGUUUCAGGAGAACAUCUACUCCGUAAAACAUUUUUUCCCACUGGAACAAGAAAUGAACAACAUUCGGUCAAAGAAAAAUACCUAUCUGUGCUGAUAUGUGAUACGAUACGAGUCGGUGAAUAUCAAACAUUUCUUGCUUAGUGAUUAAAAACAACUAUGGAAGCGCGAUUAUAAGAACUUUGUGAGUUCCAUGACCCAUUCAGUUCCUUAUGCAUUUAUUUAUGAGCGACCAUAGCCUGGUCUUCAUGGCCCAGUUCAAUAAAUUGUAGACGAUUAUCCAAGUAUAACAAAUUUCGGAAAAUUACCCUCACGAGUAACUUAAAACUAAAAUAACCUAACCCUAAAC